AUGUCUACUACAGAUAUGAAGUCGUCGCUGCAUCGUUUCCGUGUGACGAGCCGGGCGUCUCCAUCGUCCCAGAGCGAUCCCUCCUCAAUGUCCGACCGGCCGCCGUCCGAGGGUGGAUCUGAGAAGCCACUGCAACUUUCGUCCGCAGCCAAGCCGAGUCACAUACCAGCAUGCGACAGUGCCGGAACGAAGUGUUCCUUUUCCACACCGGCGUCGUCCUCGGAUGCGCAGACACACCACUUGAGGGCGCGCGUGGAAUGGCUCACGACUUACUUCAACCAAGCGCUGCCGCUUGGCGCCCCUGCCAUUGAGACGAUUGAGACGGGUGCAGACUUGACUGAACUUGUUCAAUGGAUCGCAAACACUGCAGCACUGUCUCAGGGACAGUCACCCGGAUCGGCUAUUUCCAGCUCUCAAAAUGUUCUGCUCCAAGGCAACCAGCUCAUGGUUGAUCAUCGAAAUCUCGAUCCCGGCAUCGAUGGACAACCCCGGAGGCACUCUUCCGCGCACCAGCCUGUCAUUCAUCAAUCUACAGAGCCAUUUGGCAGAACGUCGCAUUCAGCAGCAGCAGACGGUGGCCACGUUAUAAAUCAAAGAUUACCGCCAAAUGCAGCAGCUCGGAGGUUUGUUGACGCCUAUUUCCGCAACGUGAACCGGGCGUAUCCCUUUGUCGACAGGAACAAGGUUCUCAAUGACCUGGAAACACUGGGCGACUUCCCCAAGCGCAAUCAAGAUGCCGACUCCACCUUGCUGUACUUGAUCAUGGCCAUCGGAUGUACGACACUGCAGCGCGCGGGCCAGAUUCCCGCCGACAUGAGUUCCAAGUUCGAUGUAAGUUAUCCAGACAUUAUCCAAGAAUGCCUAUCUCGAGAAGGCAUAGAGUCGAUACAAAUACUUGUUCUCCUCUCGCUUUACUCGCUUUUUGAUCCAACAGCGCCAUCGGCAUGGUCGCUAGUGGGCAUAGCGGCACGCCAGGCCAUGCUUUUUGGCCUUACGCGCCGAACCCCAGAAGGACGGUCAAUAUCUCCUACCGAGGUCGAAUUACGGCACCGUCUCCUCUGGUCUGUAUACGUCUUGGACAGAAUGAUGGCGACGUCCCUCGGGCUCCCAGCUGCUCUGACAGACGAGAACUUGGAUGUCCCCCUUCCCGGGCUGACAGUCGACGAAUUUGCAUCCCCUGAGCGAUCCCAAUUUGCCAGCAUCCUUCAGACGAGCCGCCACGUCAUCAUGCUUCGCCAGAUCGAGGGGAGGAUUUUGGAUCAAGUUCAUCUGCUCAAGCAGUCCAAAAUUAGCACACUGAACCACGCAGACCGCCGAUCGAUCGUGCAGGACAUAAGAGCGGACAUUGAAAACUGGUACAGCAAUGGGUGCCUCGUCUCGCCGUUGGAACCGGACAAUGUCCCGAUUCACAACUCUAUUACGUGGCUGAGCGCAAGAUACUACUACCUGCUCGUUCUGCUGUAUUACCCAUCACAUUUCAACUCGGCUGGUUCCGUAGUAUCCAAGGCAGAAGUACUCCGGUUCGCGCAGAAACACGUCCAAUCCACAUCAGUGCUUUUCCAGCAGCGUCAGCUACCGCUGAACCGGGUAACGCUGUUUCGGACAUUCCCGGUUGGAAUGGUGCUCAUCCACGGCUUUGUGGCAUGUGCGGCCGAAUGUGCUCCUUAUCCAGCACGCGAAGAAGUGACCAUGUUGAUAAACAUACUGGAAGCCUUUUCAGAUGGAUGGAUCUAUGCGCGCCAAGCAUCUCAAAUACUGCGGCAGUUUAUCACCAUAGUCAACAGUGGCCCGGGAGACUACCUGCAGUUUCCAAAUAAUGCCUUUGUCGGCGGCCAGAUGAGCAAUUCUAGAGAAUCAGCUUUGAUCAGCAUGGUCCGACCGAUGGUCACGAGUUUUACAGAGCUGAUGCAGGAAGCACUCGGACGAAUUACGUGCUACUCCAUGUUGGAGGUCACAGAAGAGCGGCCAAGCGGAAGAAUGGGAUCUUUUGCUUCGCAUUCCAGCGCCAACGGAACUGGUCGAGGGUCAAUGGCGAGCGUUUCAGGGGUGGCGGGUGGGGACGGGUCAGAAAUGGAUUACGGAUGGUCUGCUGAACCGAUAGAUGUAGACUUUCUAUAG